UCCAUCACUAUGAGAUGAGGAUUCACUGAGAGAAUCACUUGAGGUGAAUUAAAUGUGAUUUUUGAAUCAAAAACAAAUUCUCAGUAAAUACUAAUUAUUUUGUUUGUCACCUUACUAAUCAUGGGUUCAGUCAGAAAUACAAUCAACAGAUUAAGUGAUGCCUUUUGGUCGGAAUCAAUUUGGUUACCUCCAAAUGUAACCUGGAAAACCUACAGUGAUCGUGCCGGUGGGAUUAACUACGCCCAAUUUAAUGAUAUCUAUUAUUCCCUGUUAACUGCUAUCGUAAUUUUAUUCAUUAGGGUGACCCUUGAACGUUUAAUAUUCCGACCAGUUGGAAAAGCCUUAGGAAUUAGUGAUAAACAAAGGGUGAAAGUUGAACCAAAUGAGAUCCUAGAGAAAUCUUUUAGGAUCAAUAAUCGUCCACCACAGUCAACCUACAUCGGAUUAUCUAAACAGUCUGAUUUAUCGGCUAAACAAGUUGAACUUUGGUUUAAACGUCGUCGAUCCUACAAUAAACCCACCAUUCUAACCAGAUUUACUGAAUCAUCUUGGAGAUGUACUUUUUAUGCUUUCACCUUUGUUUACGGAGUUUGGGCUCUUUGGGAUAAACCAUGGACAUGGGACUCUAUGGAAUGUUUUGUUGAUUAUCCUCAUCAUUCAGUGUCCACUGAGAUUUGGUGGUACUACAAUAUUGAACUGGGUUUUUACAUUUCCUUAAUCAUAUCACAAUUUUUUGACGUUAAAUAUAGUGAUUUUUGGCAAAUGUUUAUCCAUCAUGUGGUCACUGUUUUACUGCUCUGUUUCUCUUGGGCCUGUAAUCUUCACAGAAUUGGUACUCUUGUGUUAAUCAUCCAUGAUUUUGCCGACAUUCCAUUAGAAGGAGCCAAGAUUGCCCGUUACCUGAGGAAUCCUGUACUAGCUAAUAUUGUAUUCGCCGCUCUACUCGUCUGUUGGAUCUACUCAAGACUUGGUCUCCUACCAACCCGGGUGAUAGCUUAUUCAACAUAUUAUGCUCUCUUUAUCCUUCCAAUGUUCCCUGCAUAUUAUAUUUUUAAUGGUCUCUUAUGUGCACUUCAAGUUUUACACAUCAUUUGGACUUGGUUAAUUCUGAAAAUUGCCCACAAUGCAAUAUUUGUUGAUGGAGUUAAAGAUUUACGGGAAAGUGAUGACGAAGAUGACGAUUGAUUAAUUGAUUAAAGAAAAACAUUUAAUGGUGAUAAUGAGAUCAGCUAAAUCAACAAUUAGAAAACAAAUCACUGCAGGAAAUCAUCUUUCUUUUAUUAUUACCUUUAUUAUUAUUAUUAUGCUGCUUAUGGUAAUAAUAAUAAAGUUAAUUGUUCAAUUGUUAGCACAAAAUUUAUAUCUACUAUAGCAAUUUAAUCUUUCUAAUUGUCCAAACAAAAGUUUAGGUUAAGGGUAUCAAGAUGAGAUUGAUUGUGUUUAUUGUGAUUAUUUUUCAUUGAUUGUCAUAACAACAACAAUCUAUUUCUGAUGAUAACUGUUUUCAUCAUCAGCAUGAUCAAUGGAAAAUUAGAUAAUCAUAAUAAUCAUGAUUAGUUCAAUAACAGAAACAUAAUCUCAUGUGAAAAUGUAAACGUAACCAGAAAGAGAAAAACUUAAAUCAAUUUACUAUUGAUUGAUUAUUUCGUUUAAUCAUUCAAUAGUAAAUUGUGAGAUUAUUAAUGAAUAUAUAAUAUUUGUAAAAACUAAAUCUUUUUAACAUUUUCUACUAUAAAAAUAUAUCAAUGAUUUGAUUUAAUUUAAUCAAACAAUCAAAUUUUCUGCUUAAACAAAAAGCCCAAUUAGUUUAGAGCCAAAGUCAAAAAAAUUUUUCUAUUCAAUUGUGUUAAUUUGUCUUCACUUUCUGGUUACAAUUAAGGUUAAUUAAAUUUUUCUUCUCCAUUUAAAAAGAUUAAAUUGUCAAUAGUAAAUAAGGUCUAACAAUCAAUUAACUUUUUUGUUUUAUUACCAAUUGAUUUAAGUGAAAAAAAAAACUGAACUGAACAAUUAGAUUUAAAUGAAAAUUUAAAAUCAAAUUGUAUCAAAGCAAAUCAAAACUAAUUAUUCCCAAGUGAUUUCUAAUCAAAAAUUGAGACCAAAUGAUAAUUAAAAGAUGCCCAUAAAUUGAGAAAGAUUAACACAACAACAAUUAAGAAUUGGAUUAAUACCAAACCGAGGUAAUUAAUCAUCAUUUUUUUAUAUUCUAUUUACCUAAACUAGCCAAUAUCAAACAAUUAACAAUUAAAUGGCUGGAGAAAAAAAAAACUAAGAAACUUGAUCAAAUUGAUUGUAAUUUAAUUGUAAUCAAUUGGAUUGAUUUUGAUUUUGUAAAACAAUUAUUAAUAUGUACAAAAAAAGAUUGUAUCUCAUCAACAUCUUAUAUUAAUUUGAAAUGUACCAACAAUUAAGUCAAAAACAAAAAAUAAUAAACAAAUUAAUUGAUUGUACAGAUUAAUUGAUAA